AUGGAGCUCGUCGUAGGAUUGUUGUUCAUUGCUUCCAUGUCCAUACCCAUCGCAACUGGCACGACGAGCCGUACCUUGGUGCAGCCGGAAGCGGAUUAUGGGCGAGUUGGGCUGGAUCAGUUCGCCGUCCAUCGGAACGCGGUGAGUGUGGAUGCGACGGCGUUUCCCUCGUCGGUCGACGGUUUCCGGUGCGAGGAUGGAUUUUUCCGCUGCAACGGCACGCUGCAGUGCAUCGAGCAGAGCAAGAACUGCAACGGCUACCCGGACUGUGACGACGGUUCCGAUGAGCUCGAGUGUGAUGACGCGGUGGGGCGCGAUUAUUACGAUCAUCUGUUCCGCAAGCAACCGGCUGCCAUCAACGAUCACCUCCCGUACACUCCCUGCAGCUGGAAUGACGCCAACAACACCUGCAAGUGCCGCGGAACGGAUGUGCUGUGUGACAACAAGGGCCUCACGGCCAUUCCACCGUCGUUGUUCUCGGAAAACAUCACCUUGCUCGAUCUGACUGGGAAUGUCUUCCUCGAGCUGAAUAUGAAUGUGUUUCAGCGGCUGCCGAAGCUUAGCACACUCGUCCUGAGGCACUGUUCGAUCGAGCGGAUAGAACCGGUCAAGCUGCCGAGCAGCAUCGAUGCGUUACACCUGGACCAGAACGCACUUACCGUGCUUCCGGAGAACUUCUUCCCGCCGGGGACGGUGCUGAGAAUUUUAGUUCUCAGCGGGAACAGGAUCAACCGGCUGAGCGCGAGGAACUUCCUGAACCUGGCGCAACUGGAGGAACUAGAUUUAAGAGACAACCUGAUUGAUUCCCUGGCGCAGGACGUGUUGCAACCCUUGACGGGGCUCCGGAUAUUAUACCUUAAUGGGAACCGAUUGCGGAAGCUCGUACCGGGUAUGAUACCACAGCUGACGUCGCUGCAGACACUGUCGCUGGCAAAGAACCAAAUCGACAGCGUCGAAGUCUGCGCCCUCGACCUUCCCGCGUUGGAGCAUCUCUACUUGUCGGAGAACCAACUCACCGUGAUCCGAAACGAUACGUUCGGCAACCUAACGAAUUUAGUAGGAUUAUUUUUAAAUAGCAAUAAAAUAACACACUUCGAGCUGGAUGCGUUCAGUGGAGUCGGCAAGCUGGCGACACUCAACCUCCAGGGAAACAAGUUCGACCGGAUCGAUCGGCGAGUGUUGGAGCAUCUCGGCAACUUACAUCACAUCCAUUUCACCGAGUUUCACCACUGCAAGGCGGCUUUGCACGUUCGCGUGUGCGAGCCGAAGGGCGACGGCAUCAGCAGCAACCGCCAUUUGCUCGAUAAUCCCGUCCUGAGAGCGAGCGUUUGGAUAAUGGCGGCCGUCGGAAUCGUGGGGAACUUGUUGGUGCUGUUCGGGCGGUAUGUGGUGGGCUCGAGGAGCAGUCAGGCGCACGCGGAACACUCGCUCUACCUGCGCCAUCUGGCGGCGAGCGAUCUGCUGAUGGGAGUCUAUCUCGCGAUCAUAGCAACCGCCGACAUCAUCUUCAGAGGUGAAUACCUGACGCACGACGAGGAAUGGCGUAUGAGCUCGACCUGCGCCUUCAGUGGCUUCCUGAGUACGCUGAGCUGUCAGUCGUCGACACUUUUGCUGACGCUCGUCACCUGGGAUCGGCUGGUGUCGGUGACCAGGCCUCUCUACCAGCGUUCGAGUAGCAAAACUCGCGUCAUCCUGAGGCUCGCUCUUCUCUGGGGAGUGGCGACGGCCGCCGCCGUUGCCCCGCUGUCCGCCACCGAGUACUUCGGGCCGCAUUUCUACGGCAGCAAUGGCGUCUGCCUGUCGAUCCACAUCCACGACCCGUACGCCAUGGGCUGGGAGUACUCGGCGGGGCUGUUCAUUCUGGUGAACACCCUGUCGCUGCUGUUCAUCGGCAUCUCGUACCUGCGGAUGCUGCAGGCGAUCCGCGUGUCCCGCAACGAAACCCGCAACACGCUCAACUGCCGGGAGAAGGUCGUCGCCCGAAGGUUCGCCAUCAUCGUUGCAACCGAUUGCGUCUGCUGGAUGCCGGUCAUUGUAGUCAAAUUAGUCGCCCUUGCAGGGUAUGAAAUUUCGCCUUCGCUGUACGCUUGGCUAGCGGUGCUGGUGCUUCCGGUCAAUUCCGCCCUCAAUCCCGUUCUCUACACACUGACGACCGCACAAUUCAAGCAACAGCUGGCUCGUUUCUGCUAUUCGCUUCCAUGUGGCGCUCGUCCGGAGUUGAACGGUUAUGAUUCGGCCAUCGAUUCGAGGAACAGCAUGGCUCAGUUUACACACAACGGAAGCAAAAGAAUGAUCCAGCGAAGGGAAAGAUUAUCCACCAACACGAAGGUGUACGAGUUCAAAUAG